AUGAGCCAGAAAGAGGGACUGAGGGCCAACUCCUCUCAGUUCACUCUGGAGGGAGAGCCCUUUCGCAUCCUGGGGGGCUCUAUCUACUACUUCCGCGUCCCCAGAGCCUACUGGGAGGACCGGCUGCUGAAGAUGAGGGCCUGUGGGGUCAACACUCUCACCACGUAGGGACACACAGAACACCUCAUGUCCUCUUAUACCACCACUCACUGCUGCUCUACUAUGGAGAGAUACUGAGAAUGACUGGUUUAUCUUUCAGAUAUGUGCCAUGGAACCUUCAUGAGCCAGAGAGGGGGGUUUUCAACUUCCAGGACCAGUUGGAUUUAAAGUAA